GCAGAGAGGUGAUAGGCAACUAAUAGUUAAGACCAAAAAAAAAAUGAAGAAGAGUUCAGCAGUUCUCGUGUUGCUAGUUGCAGCCAUCGCAUUCUCGGCUGCCGAACGGUCCACAGCUCGUUCUGAUCUCACGGAUUUUAUCGCAGCCGAAAAAAUAGAAGAGGCGGAAAUUGUGCCGCCUCUGUGCUGCAACGAGUGCGGUAUCUGCGACAGGAGGGCUCCAGAAUUCGCGAGGUGCGAGUGCGAGGACUGGGUUCGUAGUUGCCACCCAGACUGCAGGAAUUGCUUGGUGGACGCAUCGAUAACGCAGGGGAUACGCUACCGUUGUCUGGACAUGAGCUACGAUGCGUGCCACAGCAAAUGCCCCGAGCCUGCACUCCAAGCUAUUAUUGUUAGCUGAUGUAUGUAUUUGUUGUGGUUCUAGCUAGCUAGCACGAUGCUUCGCUAGUUAAAAUAAGAGAUGAAAUGAAAACGAAUUUGUAUGAAUAAAGAUUGCUAGCUGCCUAUAUAUGCGUUUGAGCAACAAAUGUGUAAAUAAAGAACCAUCACGAGAUUGAAGUUGAUUUCUUGGCGGAUCU